AUUACUCACCCAAAAAAACCUUUUCACACUCACCCGAAAAAACUUUCACCCAGCUCCAAAAAACCUCCCACCCGCACUCUAGUGUGCAUCUCAUGUAAUAAUGCUUUUUUUUUCCCUCGUCUCAUUCCUUUUGUGUAAAAAUGGAGCAAACAUAAAUCACCUCCUGUCUGCUGUCUAUUUCGUCUCCUCUGACAUUUGCUCCCGAAUCCAUUAGCGAGGUCUCACAUAUGAAAAGCAAUGAUGUGUGCGUUGGGUUCGAAGAGCCCAUUCAUUGUGCUGCGGAGGUAAAAUGAACCUCCCACAUGGCACUGUCUGCGCCCACGGUCGUCAUUAUUUUAGUAAUUCACCAGAUAUCCUUGAACGCUCCUGCUCGCUCGCUUGCUCUCCUCUUCUUCCUCCUCCUCCUCCUCCUCCUCCUCAUCCUCCUCCUCACUCUGCCUGCCUCUCUCACUCACUCGCCGUAUCUCUGUAGUCUUCAUUAUUCUGCACCUGUCAGCAGCGGACGGAAGCCGCACGCUCAUCCCUCCUUCCUGUCCUCCUUUCAUAUUUACGCCCAUGACUUCUGCGAAUGACGGCAGCGGGCCGGCGAAAGGCGCUCAGCAGCCUGACCAGGACCUGGUCGGCAGUGCGCCGCCACAGAGGAACUGGAAAGGAAUCGCCAUCGCCCUGCUGGUCAUCCUUGUCAUCUGCUCUUUGAUUGUCACCUCCGUCAUCCUGUUGACCCCUCGUGAAGAUGAAAGCCUGGCCCUCAAGAAGAAGGUCACCCUGGAUGACGUGUUCGGUCCUGACCUCCGCAUCCACGAACCCGAUGCCGUGUGGCUCAGCGGUAAUGAGCUGUUGUAUCGUACGAGGGAAGGCGACGUUGUCAAGCUGAACGUGGACACGGAGGAGACACGUGUUGUCGUGCCAAACCAGAUGUUUGAAAGAGCUAAGGCCGCCAGGUACCAAGUAUCACCUGACUUGCAACAAGUCCUCUUUGCCUUUGACUUGAAACUGAUAUACCAACACUCCUAUGUGGCCAAGUACAUCAUUUACAGCCUUGUAACACAGGAAACCUGGCCCUUGAACCCUCCGGAAGUGCAUGAAGCUGUGCUGCAGUUUGCUGGAUGGGGACCCAAAGGCCAGCAGCUGAUCUUCAUAUUUGAGAACAACAUCUACUACAGAGCAACAAUAGAGAGUCGCACCAUCCGCCUGGUUUCGACCGGGAAGGAGGGCGUGGUCUUCAAUGGCCUGGCUGACUGGCUCUAUGAAGAGGAGAUCCUGCAGAGCUACAAGGCCCACUGGUGGUCUCCCGACGGCCUGCGUCUGGCCUACAUGACAAUCAAUGACACGUUGGUGCCAAAAAUGGAAGUCCCCUUCUUCACAGGAACGCCAUAUCCCAACACUUUGGAGUACCACUACCCAAAGGCUGGGGAGGAAAACCCUGUGGUGCACCUGUCAGUGGUGAGCCUCAAUGGUCCUUUGCACACUGUGGUCAUGAAGAAACCCGAUGACCCACGAAUCGGGAGGGAAUAUUACAUCACAAUGGUGAAAUGGGCCACAAGCACCAAACUGGCUGUCAACUGGCUGAACAGAGCCCAGAACAACUCCAUUUUGACACUGUGUGAGGCAACCACGGGUGUCUGCAUCAAGAAACAUGAAGAUGAGAGCACAAGAUGGUUGCACAGACAGAACGAAGCGCCGCUUUUCUCACACGACGGACACAAGUUCUUUUUCACGCGAGCGAUUCCUCAGGGCGGGAGAGGAAAGUUCUUCCACAUUUCUAUGUCCACCUCCAUGCCUAACACGAGCUUGGACGUCCUUCAAUCGCUGACGUCGGGAGACUGGGACAUCACCAACAUCCUGGCCUACAACCACCAGAGGAACCUCAUAUACUUCCUGAGCACAGAAGACGACCCCAAACGGAGACACUUGUACAGCACGGACACGAUUCCUCCGUUCAACCGCUGCUGCCUGUCCUGCCAGUUCAAGUGCGGCUACGUGGACGUGUCAUUUAGUCACAACAUGCAAUACUUUCUACUCAGCUGUAAAGGGCCCGACAUUCCCAGUGUGGCCAUUUACAGAACAGAAGACAAACAGAAGCUAUUGGACGUGGAGACGAACGAGCGAGUCAACAUCACGUACAACAACAUGCAGAUGCCAAGAGUGGAGUACAAGACCAUCACCAUCGACGACUACUCCCUCACCAUGCAGAUUCUGAAGCCGGCUGGAUUUGUAAACACAGCCCAUUACCCCUUACUGCUGCUAGUCGACGGGACGCCCGGCGGCCAGAUGGUCACCGAGCAGUUCCAGGUGGACUGGGCCACCAUCCUGGUGAGCAGCUUCAGCACGGUGGUCGUCCGCUUCGACGGCCACGGCAGCGGCUUCCAGGGGACCAACCUCCUCCACAAAGUGCACAAGAGGUUGGGGAAGCUGGAGGAGCGGGACCAGCUGGAGGCGCUCAGGUUCAUAUCCAAAGAGCAUUACAUUGACAGGACGCGUAUGGGAGUGUAUGGAAAGGCUUAUGGAGGAUAUUUAGCCACUCUGCUGCUGAGCUCCGAUGAGUUCACUCAGCUUAAAUGUGGAACUGCAGUCUCGCCCAUCACAGAUUUCGAGCUUUACGUGUCGGCAUUUUCGGAACGAUACCUGGGCUCAAAGACUGACACCAGAGUAUACACGAUGUCAAAUUUAGCUCACAGAGCAGGUCAGCUGUUGCAGAAGCAGUACUUGAUCAUCCACCCCACUGCAGAUGAAAAAGUUCACUUUCAGCACACCGCCAAGUUUAUCAACCAUUUAAUCAGCAAGAAAGCCAAUUAUACGCUUCAGAUCUACCCGGACGAGGGCCACUUCCUGCACAACGAAGACACCCAGAAGCACUUGAGUUGCUCACUGGUCAACUUUUUCGGGGAGUGUUUCCGGCUACCCGAAGUGCCAAAGGACGAGCAGCAGGAAGUGGACGAGGACGACAGCUAAACCUGAUAACCGAGCCACCCCCGCCUCCCGCCCUGGCCAGUUCACACAGCACAAUAUGCAAUGCGAAACAAAAUAAAGCCACCCGAGUGUGAAGUGUCCAACCUGCACAGGGCUCUGCUUCCACCCUCCAUGCUGUCCUCGGCUGCUGCCCACCAGAGGGAAAGUGAAAGCAUCCUCCUGCGCCUUUAAAAGAAUCAGACGUUUAUGGUGCCAGUGAGGACGAAUGGAAAACCCUUGCAAACUGGUGAGACCUGCGGGAAUAUUGACAACCUGCAGGCCAGAAAAUGAAAACUCAGUGGAAAAAUGAGUAGGUACAAUCUAAUGCGUCCCGUAACCAAACCUGUCAUAUUUUGACACAGAGUCUAAUGCUCAGUUUUGAUCGUGAUUUCAAUUUUGGCUUCUUGUGACCGACUAGCAAAGAUUUGCAUCAGCUUUCAAAUAAGGAAUGUUCAUCCACAAACUCAAGGACAUAUAUUGCUCCUAAUCUGUGGGGGGGACUCGAUUUCAAUAGUUUGACACUUUCUUCAUCUACUCUUUUUAUUUUCAUUUAAGUCUAUCAUCAUGUGUGCACCACACUGCCUCUAAGAGGCCAAGGUAUGCACAGCACCUGCUGCUGUUUUUAAUUGAUAUUUUCCUCUUUAUUUUACUUGUUACUAAUUUAAUUUGUGGUUGUUGUUCUAUUCUUAAACACCAAUGUUAAAAAUGCACUUCAAAUUAAUUCCUGGCAAAACCGGCGGUGAAUUUUGUUGAGCGGGGUUGUUGGUAUCUGUUGAAUGUAACUAAUAAAGUGACUUGCAAUCUAACUUGGUUACUUUUCAAAUCAAGCAAUCGGUAAACUAGUAAAUAUACUUGACUUUAAAACAUUCAUUUUAAAGUCUAGUAUAUCAAGGAAGUAACUGUGUUACUUUUUAAGAUGUGUAAGGCUUAAACUCGACCUUUACCAUUUACUCAUUUUAACCAUGUGAAUCAAAACUGAGCAUUAUUAUCUUUGUGAAGGCACAAUUUUGAAUAGCGUUUUUAUUUUGGAUGCCAAGACUGGCAAGAGUGUACCUCGUCUUGUGGUCUGUGAGUUUGAUAUGGAAGUAUACAUUCAAAAUAAAAUCAGGUUAAUGUUCAAUAGUUCAAUAGAUUUGUUGGAUGGAGCAGUGAAAGGACUGAGAUGACACCUACGGGAAACCAGCACUUUCCAGUCCAAAAUAUCGCGCCCUAUCGACACGGAGACUGAAUGACCAGUUUCUGGUGACCUUGCCAAUGAAUUCACUGGUUGAUGUGUUGACGAGUACAGUACUCUCUGUUUGAUGUUUUCCCGUCCUAUUCGUGCUGUGUGUCUUUUGUACAAAGGAGUAUUGAGGAGAAACUCAAAAGAAAAAAAAUUCCACUCUGAGACUGAAGUCGUAAUAUUAUGAAAGCAGUUUUUAAAAUUAUUAAUUCAGCUUUUAGAGUAUACCACUUUUUUUUUAUCGACAUGCACAUUUUCCGUUUUUUAUGUAAGAUUAUUAUUGCGAUUGGCUGUCCCGGGACCCUCGUAAUUAAUAUUUUUUUAUUUGGAAGGUGGCCCUAAUACUCCUUUGUAUGUUUGUGUGGCUGCAUCAGUUUGACAGAUCAAAGGCACAAUGUUGUAGUCCAUCAAAUGUGUAAAAAUAUUCAAUAGUGUGCACUUUUUUUGUGUUCUUUUUAGUCACCGUGCCUUAAAAGUGGGAAGACGUUCAAUGUUCGAAGCCCACUUGACAACAGAAGUGAGGGAACAGGAUUUUAGUUCUCUCUGGGAGCAAGAAAAACUAUUUUACAGAAAAAUCGGUCAACUUUGACACAUCUAAUAUGUGCGUGGAAGAUAUUGUACUGGUUUGUAAAUGUAGAUUUACAAUCAGCUUCUCGGGAGAGUCCUCUAUGUUGAAGUAUCAUUAUGUUGUGAAUUUUGUGUGCUCAAUGGCUAAAAUUAUCUCUCUCAAAGUCAAAUUACUUGGCGUCAGUGGUUUGUAGUCAUCUAAUGUACAAAGUGUAUAAAACAAGACAUUGUUGGAGUCUUUAUGUCGUAUGUGCAACUUGUACAUAAAGCAUUUUGAACCU